GCUUAACCGCGUUAUGCGAGUGUCGGCUCACUUGACCGCAGUGAAAUUUCUAGUGGGGAAGUCAAGUGUCUGAACAACUGUAUAAAUCGAUGUUGCUGUCCUUUGGUGUUAGCUGGCACUGACAUAUUUAAUCUUCGUUUACUGAUGCAAACGUGUAACAAGUUAUGUGUAAUAUGAACAAUUUACCAUAGAUACUGUCAAUGUUUUAUUAGGUCAAAUUAGUUCACGUCGCAAGUAUGGCGCAAUAAUGUGCAAAACUCGACUCAACUGAUUGGAUUGGGACUGCCAUUGCCUUGGACUUUCAUGUUGAUGUAGGAAUCGCAUUUGUGACCUAAGGUAAGCAUUGGCUACAAUGUUUCAAUUUAAUGAGUAACUCAUUUAGAAAGUUUAUUGAUAGUUAGCUUAGCUACCGUUAGCUGGUGUAACCAGUUAGCUAACUAGCCUUGUCCACUUCCUCUUUAUUAGCUAGCAUGCAUGCUAGCCAACUAAAAUAGUUUAUUCGACUAUCAUGCAUGCUAGCCACAAUCAAACAACGAAGUAGCUAGCUAGUUAGCUAGAUAAAGCCAAUAAAGUCAGGUUGCUCUUGUCUUUAUUUAGUCAUUAUGGGGCUAUUGGAAAAUGUACUUAAGAGAGGGUGCUGCUUUAGCUAAUUUAUCUUGACACUUGUUUUAGUUAGCUAUUAAACGUUAACUGGCUAGUUAGCUAACUUAAGUGGUUUGUGCACAGAGCAUUACCAGUAGCAAAUCCAAAUGUAACGAAAACUGUUUAAUCAGGCCACAUUUGAGAUUGGGUCAGAUGCAGGAAAUCACUGAAAUCGUUAAUUCCGUUAAGUCAAUUUGAUAUACCUGUAUGUAAUAUGCAUAUGUGCACUACUGCUUUAUAAGCCAUUACUUUUCUCAAGGUCUUUGUCUUCUCUCUCAGACACCAUGGCAGAAGAGGAGCCUUACAUACCUCACUCACAAGUAAGCUAGGUGUUUAAUGUCCAUGCUAUGUCGACACGGAAUCUCUGUAUUUGUCUUUUAUACAUUAUAGGCUAUAUCCUUUGUCACAGAGUUUGAAGCAGAAAUCGAUUUACCUAUUAACCUAUAACACUUCAGAACAACAGCCCAUAUUAAAGGAGAGGUUAACACGGUGGCUAAAGAUGUCUCUUCAUCUGACAGGUUUGCCAGUGUCUCUUUCAUAGAUGUUAGUCAUACCUUCUACAUUUGUCAGUGAAAUUAGAUUUCAAUAUCUUUGUUCUCUCUUGUUUUCUUUUCAUGUAGUACAACUUUGACGUAGAUCCACUAUGGGAUCCUCUGAAUUUCCCUCCCGUGUCACACUCCAACUCACUCCGGACAGGUAAGAAGUCAUGUCCCCCUUUAUAAACCCCAUUAUGAGCCAUAUUGAUUACCUGCACCCAUCUGUCCCCUUAAGAUAUGCCCCAUGUCUAGGCCUUUAUACCCAAAUAGAGAUGAAAUAGGCCUAACUAAAGAUGUAAUUUAAUGAAUGCCAGUGGUAGCCUAAAAUUGGAGAGUGCUUUCACUGUCGAGCAAGCUCUUCUUGCCACCUCUGUUCUUUUAUGAAAAGGUUGUUUUUCUAAACUCAGUUUCAUGAUAUUGCAGAGUUGUAAUGUAAACAUAAAGCCUACUUCUCCUUCUCUGUGCUUUCACUUCUCCUUUGGUCUCAAGAAGGCUGUUUAAUACCAAGGUUUAAGUGACACUAGUAGUAGUUGUUUAUGCGAGGCUAGUGGUUGUGGGAAUGGGCAUAUAAGGUUCAAGGUACUGCUACUGACUGCCUUUUUGAACUGCCCAGACAUCUGAAGCUGUAAAAGACCAUCAACCGUGAACAGCCAGAUCCCUGAUAAAGGUUGUCUGUUCUAUAGAGAUCUAAAGCCGAACAUCAUUUGGAAGAUGAGGUUCUUGAUUGAGGCUACAUCAGUGGGAGGAUGUGGCUUAGGCAGCGGGCCCUGCAUUAGGCAUGAAAGGGAAGAAGCUGGCUCAGCUAACAGUUGUUUGAGGACCAAGAUGUUCUGAGACAGAGAGCAGAAGGUGUUUUGUUGACACAGAAUUAGUAGAUAGCCCAGGCCCCCAUUCCUAAAAGGGCCAUACCUUGUCAGUUUUGUUUCUUAUCUGAUUUAAAAUACAUCCUCUACCACAGCACCUGAGGAAAGUCAUAUGUUUGUUUAGUAGAGGGAUGAUCCUGGAGAGCUAGGCUAUUGGCUGUGCAGGAUUUUGUUCCAGCGCCGCUCAACACCUGAUUCCGCUAAUCAAUGUCCUCACUGGCAGCUGAUUAGUUAGCAGAAUCAGGUGUGUUAGAGCAGGGCUGGAACAAAAGCCUGCUUGCACACCCAGUACAGAAGCUCUCCAGGAGGAGAGUUGGCCAGUCCUGCUGUAAAACGAACAUAAACCAUUGUUUAUUUGUUCUUAGUUACAGCAGAUGGACCCUACCUCCAAAUCAUUGAACAGCCUAAACAGGUAACCCUUUUCUUCAGUGCUCCUUCUCUCAGUUACAGCAUAGGCUACAUAAACAAGCUAAUUUAACCACAUUUCAAAGUGUACAGUUGAGUGUCAUUAAAGCUUUCUAUGUCUGUUCUAGCGGGGCUUCAGGUUUCGUUAUGGCUGUGAGGGGCCUUCUCACGGCGGGCUACCAGGGGCCUCUAGUGAGAAGAACAGAAAGUCCUAUCCCCAUGUCAAGGUAAGUCCCACCAACAUGUCCUUCCUUAUGUCAUCAUUUCCUUCCUUUCUUCCUUCACGCCUUCCGUCCUUCCGUAUUCCGUUCCUUAAUGAGUUAUUUCCCUCCUUUACUUUACUUUCUUCGUUCCGUUCCCUAAUUGCCUGCUGUCUGUCCUUCACUCCUUCCUUCAACUGAACAAGCAGAAGUAGAAAUUCUGCUUGAGAUUCCUAGGAAUUUUCUGUCUAUCAUGUUUGAGAUGUAAGUUUUUUUUGUGUAUAAAUUAAUAAAGUUAUGAUCAGUUCCGCUUGUAUUUCAAACUAACAUUUACAGGCCCAUCCUGACAGAAAUCCUUUCAUGGCAUUUAAAUAAAUCCAUUCUCUCUCACUCACUCACACACCACAAAUAUUAAUUUAUCUUAGGCAAUUUGAACUAUGUUCAGACUAAACUCUGGGAAAUCACCUCUUCUCGUGCCUCCACAUAUUUUGCUCAAGUAGUAGGAUUAGGUAUUGUCACUUUCUCCAACCUCUCAUUUGCCUAGCGUGGUUUUCUUUAAAUACAUUUGAACCUUUGUGACAGUAACACUCAACUCCUAACUGAGCCUGUCACUCAGCCAGUCAGCCAGCCAGUCAAGUCCUUACAUUUACAUUUCAGUAAUUUAGUCAUUCAUUCGUUAUGACUGAACUAGCUGCACAGGCUAAGAGCCAAUAACCCUGAGAGCACAUGUUAGAAAAUUAGGUGUUUGAAAACGGGUAUAUAAAUCUGACCUGCCAUUUACUUUGUUUCAAGCCUGUUUGAAAUUUCCUCCUGUGUCAUAUGGGUAAUUACUAGGAACUGCUGAGUGGCGUCACCGACAGGAAACAGUGUUUUCAGCUCGCCCCCACGGUCUCAGACAGACUCACACAUGAAACGACUGCCUCAGAGCGAAGAACAUGGUGUCUCUCAAACCUGUUCUAGAGGUUGUGGAGGCACAUGUAGCCCACUAUCUGUGUUGUGCUUCUGUACAAAGAAGUUACACAGUACAUUGAUAUGAGAGUUCUGUUUCUGUGCAACAUAUAUGCUCCCCUACGUAUUUAUUUGGACAGUGAAGCUAAAGCUUUUAAUAUGGCUCUAUACUCCAGCAUUUUGAAUUUGAGAUCAAAUGUUUCAUAUAAGGCGACAGUACAGAAUGUCACCUUUUAUUUUAAGGUAUUUUCAUACAUAUCUGUUUUACCGUUUAGAAAUGAAAGCAUAUUAUGUAUCUUGUCCCCCCAUUUGAAGGAGUCAUAGAUAUUUGGACAAAUUCACUUGUGUAUUAAAGUAGUCAAAGGUUUAGUGUUUGGUUCCAUAUUCCUAGCACGCAAUGACUACAUCAAGCUUCUCACUCUAUAAACUUGUUGGAUGCAUUUGAAGUUUAUUUUGGUUGUGUUUCAGAUUAUUUUGUACCCAAUAGAAAUGAAUGAUAAAUAAUGUAUUGUGUCAUUUUGGAGUCACUUUUAUUGUAAAUAAGAAUAGAAUAGGUUUCUGAACACUUCUACAUUUAAUGUGGAUGCUACCAUGAUUACGGAUAAGUUACAGAGGUACAGUGAGGGAAAAAAGUAUUUGAUCCCCUGCUGAUUUUGUACAUUUGCCCACUGACAAAGAAAUGAUCAGUCUAUAAUUUUAAUGGUAGGUUUAUUUGAACAGUGAGAGACAGAAUAACAACUCAAAAAUCCAGAAAAACGCAUAUCAAAAAUGUUAUAAAUUGAUUUGCAUUUUAAUGAGGGAAAUAAGUAUUUGACCCCCUCUCAAUCAGAAAGAUUUCUGGCUCCCAUGUGUCUUUUAUACAGGUAACGAGCUGAGAAUAGGAGCACACUCUUAAAGGGAGUGCUCCUAUUCUCAGCUUGUUACCUGUAUAAAAAUACACCUGUCCACAGAAGCAAUCAAUCAAUCAGAUUCCAAACUCUCCACCAUGGCCAAGACCAAAGAGCUCUCCAAGGAUGUCAGGAACAAGAUUGUAGACCUACACAAGGCUGGAAUGGGCUACAAGACCAUUGCCAACCAGCUUGGUGAGAAGGUGACAACAGUUGGUGUGAUUAUUCGCAAAUGGAAGAAACACAAAAUAACUGUCAAUCUCCCUCGGCCUGGGGCUCCAUGCAAGAUCUCACCUCGUGGUUGCAAUGAUCAUGAGAACGGUGAGGAAUCAGCCCAGAACUACACGGGAGGAUCUUGUCAAUGAUCUCAAGGCAGCUGGGACCAUAGUCACCAAGAAAACAAUUGGUAACACACUACGCCGUGAAGGACUGAAAUCCUGCAGCGCCCGCAAGGUCCCCCUGCUCAAGAAAGCACAUAUACAGGGCCGUCUGAAGUUUGCCAAUGAACAUCUGAAUGAUUCAGAGGAGAACUGGGUGAAAGUGUUGUGGUCAGAUGAGACCAAAAUCGAGCUCUGGCAUCAACUCAACUCGCCGUGUUUGGAGGAGGAGGAAUGCUGCCUAUGACCCCAAGAACACCAUCCCCACCGUCAAACAUGGAGGUGGAAACAUUAUGCUUUGGGGGUGUUUUUCUGCUAAGGGGACAGGACAACUUCACCGCAUCAAAGGGACGAUGGACAGGGCCAUGUACCGUCAAAUCUUGGGUGAGAACCUCCUUCCCUCAGCCAGGGCAUUGAAAAUGGGUUGUGGAUGGGUAUUCCAGCAUGACAAUGACCCAAAACACACGGCCAAGGCAACAAAGGAGUGGCUCAAGAAGAAGCACAUUAAGGUCCUGGAGUGGCCUAGCCAGUCUCCAGACCUUAAUCCCAUAGAAAAUCUGUGGAGGGAGCUGAAGGUUCGAGUUGCCAAACGUCAGCCUCGAAACCUUAAUGACUUGGAGAAGAUCUGCAAAGAGGAGUGGAACAAAAUCCCUCCUGAGAUGUGUGCAAACCUGGUGGCCAACUACAAGAAACCUCUGACCUCUGUGAUUGCCAACAAGGGUUUUGCCACCAAGUACUAGGUCAUGUUUUGCAGAGGGGUCAAAUACUUAUUUCCCUCAUUAAAAUGAAAAUCAAUUUAUAACAUUUUUGACAUGCGUUUUUCUGGAUUUUUUUGUUGUUAUUCUGUCUCUCACUGUUCAAAUAAACCUACCAUUAAAAUUAUUGUCUUUGUCAGUGGGCAAACGUACUAAAUCAGCAGGGGAUCAAAAACUUUUUCUCUCUCACUGUAUAACCUCCCCUGUUAUUGAUAAUGGUGAGGGGUUAGAAAGUCAUUGCAGGCUAGGGAUAUGGGACCAAAUACUGAACUUUAAUACACAUAAAAGUGAAUUUGUCCAAAUACUUAUGAUACCUUCAAAUGGGGGGACUAGAUACAUAAUAUGCUUUCAUUUCUAAAUGGUAAAACAGAUAUGUAUGUAAAUACCCUCAAAUAAAAGGUGACAUUCUGUCGCCUCAUAUGAAACAUUUUAUCUCAAUCCAAAAGGCUAGAGUAUGGCGCCAAAUUAAAAGUUUUAGCUUCACUGUCCAAAUAAAUAUGUAGAGGAGGGUAUAUCUAUAGCACAAAUGUCUUUGUUUUCUACUAGGAAUCAGUUUACAGUAAUUGUUAGGUAAGUGUUAAGCAACAGUAUCUCUGGCCUUUCAACCCCCAUGUAGAGGAGGCCUGUUCUCAGUGAGAGAGCCUGGAGGAUGCACAGACAGAUUAAAAGGCUGAGUUCUCCUCAGCUCAGUGCUUGCAUCCAUCCCUGGGGGGGCAAUUUUAAUUUAAUCUGAUCUGCAAGACAAGGACAACACAAUAGCAACGUGUGUGUGCUCUGUGCAAGUCAGUGACUCCACCAUGAACUCUCCAACAAGACCUGAAUUCUCACUGCAGCCUCACUUUUCACCUUGUAAAAUAACCCAAAUAGGUAACCAAGGUAGGAGUUAUAUUCUAGUCCUUAUAUUUUAGUUAACUGUAUAUGUAUAUGCUGUGGCUAAAGAUGGGGUUGAGGAAAAAUAAAUUUGAGCGCAAAAGCAGGCUAGAGACUUUUCUAGGUAGGCAACUUCAAAAUGUACUUUUCAGUCUCACCCUCUGGCUAUUGCACCUAACAGCAUGUCCUGUUUUUAGGAACAGGGUUGGUUUUGUAUGUAGGCCAAUUUUGUCUCGGGGGAACCAGAAAGGGGCGAAGUGAAGGCCUAGUUCAGUGGCAUUCGUCUACAGCAGGGUUUCCAAACUUUUUCCUGGAGCCCCCCCGGGUACACGUUUUGUUUUUUCCCCUAGCACUACACAGCUGUUUCAAAUAACCAAAUCGUCAUCAAGCUUUAAUUAUUUGAAUCAGCUCUGUAGUGCUAAGGACAGCUUUGCACACUCUUGGCAUUCACUCAACCAGCUUCACCUGGAAUGCUUUUCAAACAGUCUUGAAUGAGUUCCCACAUAUGCUGAGCACUUGUUGGCUGCUUGUCCUUCACUCUGCGGUCCGACUCAUCCCAAACCAUCUCAAUUUGGUUGAGGUCGGGGGAUUGUGGAGGCCAGGUCAUCUGAUGCAGCGCUCCAUCACUAUCCUUCUUGGUAAAAUAGCCCUUACACCGCCUGGAGGUGUGUUGGGUCAUUGUCCUGUUGAAAAACAAAUGAUAGUCCCACAAAGCCCAAACCAGAUGGUAUGGCGUAUUCUUGCAAAAUGCUGUGGUAGCUAUGCUGGUUAAGUGUGAAUUCUAAAUAAAUCACUGACAGUGUCACCAGCAAAGCACCCCCACACCAUAAUACCUCCUCCUCCAUGCUUUACGGUGGGAAAUACACAUGCAUAGAUAAUCCGUUAACCCACACCGCGUCUCACAAAGACACGGCGGUUGGAACAAAAAAUCUCAAAUUUGGACUCCAGACCAAAGGACACAUUUCCACUGGUCUAAUGUCCAUUGCUCGUCUUUCUUGGCCCAAGCAAGUCUCUUCUUCUUAUUGGUGUCCUUCAGUAGUGGUUUCUUUGCAGCAAUUCGACCAUGAAGGCCUCAUUCACACAGUCUCCUCUGAACAGUUGAUGUUGAGAUGUGUCUGUUACUUGAACUCUGUGAAGCAUUUAUUUGGGCUGCAAUCUGAGGUGCAGUUAACUCUAAUGAACUUAUCCUCUGCAGCAGAGGUAACUCUGGGUCUUCCAUUCCUGUGGCGGUCCUCAUGAGAGCCAGUUUCAUUAUAGCGCUUGAUGGUUUUUGCGACUGCACUUGAAGAAACUUUUUAAAAGUUCUUGACAUUUUCCAGAUUGACUGACCUUCAUUUCUUAAAGUAAGAUUGGCUGUCGUUUCUCUUUGCUUAUUUGAGCUGUUCUUGCUAUAAAAGGACUUGGCCUUUUACCAAAUAGGGAUAUCUUCUGUAUACCUCCCCUACCUUGUCACAACACAACUGAUUGGCUCAAACGCAUUAAGAAGGAAAGAAAUUCCACAAAUUAACUUUUAAGAAGGCACAGCUGUUAAUUGAAAUGCAUUCCAGGUGACUACCUCAUGAAGCUGGUUGAGAGAAUGCCAAGAGUGUGCAAAGCUGUCAUCAAGGCUAAGGGUGGCUAUUUGAAGAAUCUCAAAUAUAACAUAUAUUUUGAUUUGUUUAACACUUUUUUGGUUACUACAUGAUUCCUUAUGUAUUAUUUCAUAGUUUUGAUGUCUUCACUAUUAUUCUACAAUGUAGAAAAUAGUAAAAAGUAAGAAAAACCCUUGAAUGAGUAGGUGUUCUAAAACAUUUGACCGGUAGUGUAGUAUUAAUUUUGACAAGGAAGCAUGUGUAAGAUUUCAAAGUGGUUAGAUGGCAUACGAUUACCUCCCCCUGUGUCAGCCUUUGACAGAUCAAGUAUGUUGUUUACCUUCUAUUGUUAGAUCUAGACUAUGUUGGCUUCCUUUUAGUCAGAACAGAACUCUGUGAGACACUGGUCUGUGUGUCAUAGAAAGUGAUUCACCUGCAUGAAAUGCGUAUGUGAUCACUGAAGAGAAAUGCACAUUGUCUUUUCUGUGAAGAAUUGGUGACGGGUAAACUGAGGGGUUUCCCGUGAUGGGUAAGCCAAGGAGUUUUGGAUUGGCCGGGAAACUUUAGCUGAACUGAACCUUUCACCGUUGUUUGAAAAUAGCUCUGGUCACGUAUGAAACAGUGUGCAAAGGCUGAGGUUCCCAACCUACCCUAAACCUGUGUGUCAAAAUCUGAGCCAUGUGGAACACUGUUUUCAUCCAUCCUUUCCUUCAUGUUUUCAUUUGGUCGAUUCAUCACUCAGGUAUUGUUUACCGUUUGGACUGGCAUUUUCAACCAUUUUGAAUGCUUGUUGCGUGUGUAUGUGUGAUUGUAUGUGUGUGUUUUGUUGAUGCAAGAGUUACUCAUUUCCCCCCUAGAGAAAGUGUCUGAAUAACCACAUGACACACAAAACACAGUGACAGUCACACUCCAGCGCCUAACUGAGCCUGUCAGUGACAGUCACACUCCAGCGCCUAACUGAGCCUGUCAGUGACAGUCACUCCUUCUCCUAACUGAGCCUGUCAUUGACAGUCACACCCCAGCUCCUAACUGAGCCUGUCACUCAGCCAGUCAGCCAGCCAGUCAAGUCCUUACAUUUACAUUUCAGUAAUUUAGUCAUUAAGUCGUUAUGCCUGAACUAGCUGCACAGGCUAAGAGCCAAUAACCCGGAGAGCACAUGUUAGAUUUGACAAAAUUGUAUUUCAUUACACAAAACACCACACUACCAUACUAUGUAAGCAUGAGAGCGCCUAGCAGUCUGGCUAUAACCCAAAUAGGUAACCAAGGGAGGAGUUGUAUUCUAGUCCUUAUAUUCUAGAAAACCAUAUAAGUAUAUGCUGUGGCUAAGGACAGGGUUGAGGAAAGAGACGUUUGAGCUCAAGAGCAGGCUAGAGACUUUUCUAGGUAGGCAAAUUCAAAAUGUGUUUUUCAGUCUCACCCUCUGGCUAUUGCAUCUAACAGCACGUGCUGUUUUCUAGGAACAGGGUUGGUUUUGUAUGUAGGCCAAUCUUGUCUCGGGGAACCAGAAAGACGCGAAGUGAAGGCCUAGUUCAGUGGCAUUCGUCUACAGUAGGUGUCUCCAACAGCUGCCAGUAGCUCGUAGCCCACCUAUGAGUAACUCGCCAAUCAAUUCUGAAAGUACAUGCAUUUUUGUCAUGUGUUCCAUCGCAAAAUGUCAAACAUAAAGCUCCUGGCUAUCAUUGGCUACUAUCCAAUCAAAGUCACAUUGACAUUAUCCCACCCCUGGUUAGCCACGAUUGGUUUAAAAAGACAAAACUUAACACAAUAUCUGCCAAUUAAUUUCCAUCAAUAUUGCCCCCGUCUGUCUGUUUUGGUUGCGCGUUUGUCUACUACUCUGUAUGUGGGUAGACAGAAAGACUUUCCCCAAAAACAUUCUCAAUUAAAUGUUCAUCGCAAAGUAGGCUUACCUGACAUAAUUAUAUCAUGAUUAUUUGUACCAUUUGGGUGGCGAUUGUUUUGCUAACUCUGUCAUGACAUGUGCUUCAGUAGUAGGCCUAACAGCAUAAAUAUGGCUAGACCAACACAUUCCUCUCUUGCUAGAUGCGCAAUUAAAGGGGAAUUCAUGUUUCUCUAUGAAUACUUGUAAUAUUGAGAGUAAAAAACUGGAGAAAAAAAAUCCCAAACCAGGAAAGAUAACAAUAGAAAACAGAAUUUGGGAAAAUACUAAAUAUAUUUUUAUGUGGCAUGUCAUGCCAAAUAAUGUUUAUUAACCAUUUUACUGAGGGGUUUCCCGUGACGGUAUGCCGAGGAGUUUCGGAUUGGAUGGGAUCUUUGGCUGAACUCAACCUUUUACCGUUGUUUGAAAAUAUUUCUGGACACUUAUUAAGAAGUGUGCAAAGGCUGAGGUUCCCAACCUACCCUAAACCUGUGUGUCAAAAUCUGAGCCAUGUGGAACACUGUUUUCAUCCAUCCCUUCCUUCAUGUUUUCAUUUGGUCGAUUCAUCACUCAGGUAUUGUUUACCAUUUGGACUGGCAUUUUCAACCAUUUUGAAUGCUUGUUGCGUGUGUGCGCCUAGCAGUCUGGCUCCCGGGGCUGUAGUUUUAAUAUCUGGUCUAAAAAGUGUCUCCCUCCCUCUUUGCAGAUCUGUAACUACCAGGGGAUGGCGCGUGUGGUGGUACAGCUGGUAACCAACUCUAAAGAUGCCCACCUCCAUGCCCACAGUCUGGUGGGCAAGCAGUGUGACAAGGGCAUCUGCAUCGCAGACCUACAGCCCAAAGACUCCAGCAUCAGGUGUUUGUCUCCACUUUUCUCUCUCUCUAGCUAACACACACACACACACACACACACACACACACACACACCAGUUAGCUUACCGGUACAUUUAACAGCUUUUAAUAUGCUUACUUAUUGACAACAUUGCAGAAAUGUCAGGACUUCCUAUAAGAUGAUUACAGGUCCUUCCUUUGAUAUCCUAUGUAUUGAUGUCAUUUCUCACUUAGGGUUUCCCCAUCUAACCUGAACGUACUUUGUUGUGGUGUUAUCUUGCAUGUUUACGUAGCCCUCCCCAUUAACAUCCCGUAUAUGGGUUGAAAUGGCAGAUUUUGUCAUUGCUAAGCGCCUAAAUUAGAACGCAGUGGCUGUACAGUAACAUGCUAUACAUGAUGUCAGAGCUCAGGUUCUCUGCUUCACAGCGCUGUAUCGGUUUUGACUGACAGCCAUUAUAAACUUGAGCACAUGUGUUAUACCCUGGGUUGUCCUGAACAGAAUGAGCCUAUGUUUGUCGUAUUGUGAAGAAAACUAGCCGCGGAACAAGCACUUGAAUGCACUUAUGACUCCUUUCUAUGCGCACCAAAAUUGCAAUCUGUUUGUCUGAAGUGCCUUUUGAAAGCCUAACACUGUAAGAUCGUAUUUUAUCAUUUAGCUAGCCAUGUUGGCAAUAUAAUAAGCUUUCAAAUGAUGCCCACCUGACCCAAAUUGUGAUUUAUAAUAGAAUGUUUUUGGAUUGCGUAAACAACAACAGUAAUUGUGUGAUGGUGGGGACGCUGGGCUGUGUUCCAAAUAAACAACUGUGUGUGGUCGCUUCAGUUCCUCAAUGGCAAAGCUAGGAAAGCUAAAAAAAAUAAGCUCUUUAUAGUUGAAGGCUCUGUCCUUGAGUCAUAAAAGUGCAUUGACAUAAUUUCGGAACUGUGCACAGUUUGGAGAGGUGUGUGGGCACUUGGAGACACUAGUUAGACCUCUCACUCAAACCCUUGUAAUCAUUGACAAAUGCUGUGAAAAGUACAGUAUAUGUAAAUUGCACAUAAAAUCAACAGUGUAAUGUUUGGAUUCAGUCUUGUGUCAGGUGAACUGUUGUAUCCUCAUCCUUGGUCUGAUCAUUUCCCCAUCAUCUCCAAGGUGUUCUCUUUCAAUUGCUGCCAUGGUCAUGCAUAUGCUUUUCAUAGUUCUUCUGUUAGAAACAUUUCAAUUUGGCCGUAUCCAUAUAGGCCAAUUUCCACAAGUGUAAGGGGUUAAAAACAUACCACAUAUAAAUCAAUAACUCCAUGUGACAGUUUCCCCAACUUGGGCAUCCUCCACGUGACCAAGAAGAACGUGAGUAAGACCCUGGAGGACCGUAUGACUGAGGCCUACAGGAUGGGCUACAACUGUGGUAUUGUCAUCCAACCCGAGAUGGAUGCCUUCCAGGGAGAGGUCCGCAUCCCCCGAGAGCUCACUGGUCAGUCACCUUUAAGACAAUGGACUGAAUGAAUAUAUUUCUCCAGAGCACUAAGAAUAUUUUUUGUUUUGCAUACAGUGCCUUCAGAAAGUAUUCACACCCCUUGACUUUUUCCACAUUUAGUUGUGUGACAGCCUGAAUAUAAAAAGUAUUACAUUGAUAAUUGUGUCACUGAUCUACACAUAAUACCCCUUAAUGUCAAAGUGGAAUUUUGUUAUUAGAAAUCUUUGCAAAUUAAUAAAAAAUGAAAAGCUGAAAAGUCUUGAGUUAAAAAGUAUUCAACCCCUUUGUUAUGGCAAGCCUAAAACAUUUGCAUAAAAAAAUCACAUAAUAAGUUGCAUGGACUCACUCUGUGUGCAAUAAUAGUGGUUAACAUGAUUUUUUUAAAUGACUACCCCAUCUCUAUACCCCACACAUACAAUUAUCUGUAAGGUCCCUCAGUCGAGCAGUGAAUUUCAAACACAGAUUCAACCACAAAGACCAGGGAAGUUGCCUCACAAAGAAGGGCAGUGAUUGUAAAAAAAAAAAAAAAAAAAAAAAAGCAGACACUGAAUAUCCCUUUGCGCAUGGUGAAGCUGUUAAUUAGGCUUUGGAUAGUGUAUCAAUACACCUAGUCACUACAAAGAUACAGGCGUCCUUCCUAACUCAUUUGCCAGAGAGAAAUAAAACCGCUUAGGGAUUUCACUGAGGCCAAUGAUUUUAAAACAGUUACAGAGUUUAAUGGCUGUGAUAGGAGAAAACUGAGGAUGGAUCAACAACAUUGUAGUUACUCCAAAAUGCAAACCUAAAUGACAGAGUGAAAAGAAGGAAGCCUGUACAGAAUAAAACAAAUAUUCCAAAACAUGCAUCCUGUUUGCAACAAGGCAAUAAAGUAAUACUGUACAAAUGUGGCAAAGGAAUUAACUUUUGUCCUGAAUACAAAGUGUUAUAUUUGGGGCAAAUCCAACACUACAACAAAUCACUGAAUACCACUCUCCAUAUUUCCAAACAUGGUGGUGGCUGCAUCAUGUUAUGGGUAUGCUUGUCUUUGGCAAGGACUGGAGUUUUUCAGGAUAAAAAGAAACGGAUUGUAGCUAAGCACCGGCUAAAUCCUGGAGGAAAACCUGGUUCAGUCUGCUUUCCAACAGACACUGAGACGAAUUCACCUUUCAACAGGACAAUAACCCUAAAACACAAGGCCAAAUCUACACUACAGUUACUUACCAAGACGACAUUGAAUGUUCCUGAGUGGCCUACUUACAGUUUUGACUUAAAUCUGCUUGAGAAUCUAUGGCAAUACUUGAAAAAGACUGUCUAGCAAUGAUCAACAACCAACUUGACAGAGCUUGAAGGAUUUUAAAACAAAUAAUGGGCAAAUGUUGCACAAUCCAGGUGUGGAAAGCUUUUAGAGACUUACCCAAAAAUACUCACAGCUGUAAUCACUGCCAGAGGUGUUUCUAACAUGUAUUGACCCGGCGGUGUGAAUACUUAUCUAAUCAAGAUAUAUUAGUGUUUUAUUUUUCAUUUGUUAAAAAAAAAAUAAUAUCCUUCUACUUUGACAUUACAGGGUAUUUUGGUACAUUGUUGGCAUCCAUUUUAACCCCACUUUGUAACACAACAAAAUGUGUAAAAAGUCAAGGGGUGUGAAUACUUACUGAAGGAACUGUAUGUGAAUUUAUGCAUUGCCUGCUUCACAUUCAACCUUCACAUAUGGGGUGUGUGUUCAGAUCACCAGAAAAACCUGAUCCACAAUGCAGCGUCCUACCAGGCUAAAGAGAUGGACCUGAGCGUGGUGCGCCUCAUGUUCACAGCCUUCCUCCCAGACAGUGACGGUGGCUUCUCCCGUAGACUGGACCCCGUCAUUUCAGACCCCAUCUUCGACAGCAGUAAGUCACUAACAGCCACAUAGUCACUUAGCGCCAAUUCCACCAAAUGUUUAUAACAUCUGCAUAUGCAACUCAAUUCUCCCAUUGACAUCAAUGCAUGAUUAAUGCAAAAGUCUGGCUAAAGUGGUUUGAUCUCAAGUUAGGAUUAGGCCAUUUGUGCUGUGCUUUCCAGUGCACUCUGACCCCAACAAAACAAUGACUAGCUAGCUAGCUAAAACAGUCUUUAGCCAUGACCCAAAUGGUCCACCAUUUUGUUUCUUCUUUACAUUAUCAGUGAAGGGUGGUCUAUCUAUGACAAAGGUCCCUCACCUCACCAUAGAAACACACCAUAUUAGGCUACAUGCUACCCAGUAGCAACAAGACCAAGUGCCUCAGCUUAAUGAAACUCAGGAAGGUACUAUUGUUUAAACAAAUGAAUAGAACCGCUCUCGUGCCUUUAUGUAGUGCAUCAUUGAAUUCACGUUUUUAUUCACAGAGUUUAAGAUGUAUUGAAAUUAAACCAUAUAUGUGUGCCCUGGUUUCAUUUGCCUAGCUCUGUGAGUGUAUUUUCCUCUACAUCACAUUUGUCACUCGGCUUCCUCUCCCAGGCUGAAACUAGGCCUCCACUUUAAAUGUUGAUGCCAGCCCUUUACUGCGUGAAAGUAUCCACACAGUUUGUGUAUGUCAAGUCUUUUCUUCUUCACAUUUGGGGUGUCUGUGGUUUCUUGAAAUUAGAAAAGAUUUAGAAGAGAAACAAAUAAAAUGGUGGUUUGAAGUUUGAUAACAAAGGGCAAUUUCAAGGAUUUGUAAGGCAUCCAAUAGGGAUGAUGCACCGCAAAGAAUAACGUUUUUUUAGUUACCUAUUAGCUGUCAAUAAAUGUAAUUCUGCCUGCACUAAACAGAAGAUCUGAGCUGACCUAUUGACCAUCUCUCUAUUCCCUUGUCCUGUCUGCAGAAGCUCCUAAUGCGUCUAACCUGAAGAUAGUGCGGAUGGACCGAACAGCUGGCUGUGUGACGGGUGGAGAGGAGAUCUACCUGCUCUGUGACAAGGUUCAGAAAGGUACAGUAGUUCCUUUUUCACACUCCAGAGCUGAGUCAAACUUGAGCCGAGCUGUACUCCGCCGGCCUGGUUACGCAUCCACCAUAGUUGCUGGAACUGUGCUGGAAAGGAAAAUAUCAGAGCCGGUACAGUUUGGCUCUUAAAAUCAACACGGUACAUGUCUCUCUGUGACAUCAUCAUUCAUCACACUACUACUCAUGAAGGAAGUCCUCCAGCCUGCUUUUCCAACCUCAGGGAAUUCCCCAUCUGUUAUGCAAGUGUAGGAGGAGGAAGAGUUAUAGUGGCGUAUUGUGUUCUCGCAACCUUUUUUUGUUUGUUGCUGCAUUGGCCUGUUGGCAGUACGUCAACAACCCUGGAAUGAAAGAUCCUCUCUUGGGACAGAAGUUCAAGUCUCUGUUGGGCUCUGCUGUUUGACUUCCAAACAAAGGGCCUCAUCUCCAGUCUACAGUAUUUCUACCUCACUGUGUAUCAUUCUUAGGAGACUCAAUCAGUGAUAUCCUAUUCCUGUCCUACAGGCUUUUCUUUCAGCCCAGCACUAAAACACUUAAUUCAAACAAUCCAUACUGAAGAAGACAAUGUUCAAUGAUUCUUUGAAAUAGGUGUGUUAGUGUUGGGUUGGAACAUAUGCCUGCAUACACAGUAGCUUUCCUAAGACCGGAGUUUCCUUGUCGAGGAAAUAUACAGUGCAGUCAAAACAUUUCUCUUGGAUAUUCAAAUACUUCUGUCUGGAGUUGUGGGGCACCAUUUCCUUGUUACCUUGGAAAGAUGUUGACAUUUACUUGUGGUUCCAUGACAGAUGACACAUGAAAGAUAUUCAGUAACACUUGAAGGCUUUAUUCACAAACUUGUUGGUUUGGAUGAUAAAUAAGUAUUUUUUCUAGUGUACUUGUAUUAUCCUCCAAUAUCUUUCACAACACCAGUUUCUUACUUUACUCAUAGUUUAGAAGUGGGGUUGUGACAGUGUACCUUUUCCCCUGUCGUGACAGAUGACAUUCAGGUGCGCUUCUAUGAGGAUGACGAGACAGGGCUGACAUGGGAGGCCUUUGGGGACUUUUCCCCCACUGAUGUCCACCGACAGGUCAGUGACACACAAAUGUUACAUUUCCUCCCCUGUAACAGUACUAUAACCUAACCUUGAGUAACAUCUCCACCCCCUUCCCCCUCCACAGUUUGCCAUUGUUUUCAAGACCCCCAAAUACAGAGACCUGAACCUCCAGAAGCCCACCUCAGUGUUUGUGCAGCUGAAGCGUAAAUCGGACAACGAGACGAGCGAGCCCAAGCCCUUCACCUACCACCCGCAGAUCAUAGGUGAGCUGUUCUGAAACAUCCCCAGACCUGGUCCUGGAGACCCCUUGUGCAUGCUGGCCUCCAUCCCAACCCACUGUAGUUUGUGCCAUUCUUAGGGCACAGAGUUCAAAUUGAAAAUAACCCAUUAUUCUGUAAUCUGUCAAGUCAAUCCGCUCAUCUUGCCCCUGGUCUUCAUCCUCAGAUAAGGAAGAGGUGCAGAGGAAGAGACAGAAGACCCUGCCUAACUUCCAGGACUACAGCGGCCAAGGUGGAGCAGGGGGCCUGUACCGGGGACCAGGGGGAGGAGGCUCCUCUGCUGGGGGAGGACCCGGCUCCGGGGGAGGAGGUACACCAAACAUGUUUCUUAUUAGUCAUACAUUUUUACAUAACAGAAUAAAUGUAAUGAAAUGUGAUUUAAGGUGAACGAGACAAGCCAUGUAAACUUCAAAUGGGUAGUGUCUAACCAAAGUCCAAAACACAAGAUGAAGUACCAUUUCAAAAGCUUUAUUGUCUAUUUAGGCUAAAAUAACAACUUUUGAUUAUAUUUUAGGUUUCUUCCAGGGCUAUUCCAGCUACAAUAACUACGGCACCGGCUAUAGCGCUGGCUUUUCCCCUGGCAUGAGUGGUGGCGGGGCGGUCAUUAAACAUGGUGAGUGUGUUUCUGUCUGUUUUCCAGGGUUUAGAGAUCAAUUCUGUUUGAGUUCAGGAUAGGAAUGACGCUCAACCCAUGUUCCCUCUCGACACAGCUCCACAGGGCAGAGCGGAGGACAGUGGUGAUGACAGCGACAUGGAUGAUGACCUGGCCUCAGGGGCAGUGGUGGGCGUCCGAGCCAAGUCAGAGGAUGCCUCUGCUGGGGAGACGAGUGAGGAGAGAGGGGGCGGUGUGGAACUAGGACCAGGGGACAGGACUGGAGGUGAGGUCAACAGAGACAUUUGUAAAGUGAUUACCCAGAGUGAGUCAGACUACUGUAGGAUGUCAGUGUGUGUGCUGGAGGCCAGGGUGUUGUGUAUCCAGUUAAUGACAAUGUUUUUAUAUUUGUGUAAAGAGUGUGUGCUGGAGGCCAGGCUGGUGGAUGUUGCUGAGAGGCAGGCUGAAGCCCUCUUCCAGUACGCCGUCACUGGAGAUGUCCGCUACCUGCUGGCUCCACAGCGCCAGCUCAUGACGGCUCAGGACGAGAACGGUGACACGUACGUCCCCUCUCCUACCACCCAACCUAUCACUUCAGACCUAAUUCUAACGUAAACAUAACUGUCACUACAUUUUUCUAACUUUUCUAACUGCAUUGAUUUGGCCUCCGUUUUGUGUCCAUCUGCAUUGAGUUUUGCAUUGAUGCCAAUGGGAUAUAUAACCAUGAUAUGUGGCAUAGUUUCUCCAGUAGCACAUGCCAAUCUGUGCAUGUCCUCUGUUUCUCCAGUGGUCUCCAUCUGGGAGUGAUCCACAGCCAGACAGACGCAGUCAGGAAUCUAGCUCAGGUCCUCUCUGUCCUGCCUGGAGAGGAGGUCCUCAACAUGAGGAACAACCUCUACCAGGUAACACACACACACACACACACACACACACACUGACGAGCCUGGUAUUUCUGUGGUAACCUGAGGCAGUAAAAUCAGAACCCCAUAUUUGUCCCUCUAUCCCAGACUCCUUUACACCUAGCGGUGAUAACCCAGCAGAAGGCGGUGGCUGAGGCCCUCCUAUUGGCUGGGGCUGAUGUCACUCUGUCUGAUCGCCACGGAAACACAGCUCUUCACCUGGCCGCCCAGCAGAAGGAGGGAGGGAUGGUGGGAUUUCUACUGCGACACAGAGAGGUAGUGGAACUGGUGGACCUCCCCAACGCAGCAGGUACAACACACAGAAACACACACACACACACACAGUACAACGUGAAGCGUCCACUAGAGUAUGACAGUGCUUUUAUCCUCCAGGACUGUGCUCCCUCCACCUGGCAGUGCUGGCCAACAGCCUGUGUUCCCUCAGGGACCUCCUGGUGAGCGGUGGCAGUGUGGAGGUCCAGGAGAGGAGCUGCGGCCGCACAGCGCUCCAUCUGGCCACUGAGCUGGACAACGUCUCCCUGGCAGGCUGCCUGCUACUGGAGGUACGUACCGUAGAAGCCUUGCCUACCUCCAUACCUACCACCCUGCAUCUUUCUACUGGCUGGCAUCUUGAGACUAAGCAGAGUUGGGCCUGGUCAAUACCUGGAUGGGAGACUAGCACAACCCAAGUAGCCCUUUCCUUGUGAGGGUCGAUGGUCGUGUGCGUAAGACGGGUGUGUUGACAGUGUUCUCUUCCUCCCUAGGGGAAUGCUGAUGUGGACUGCUGCACCUACAACGGUUCCAGCCCUCUCCAUAUAGCCACAGGGCGGGGCUCUGUCAAGCUGACCGCUCUCCUCAUGGCUGCAGGUGUGACUACGUUUCUUCAAACUGUCACCUUUGUGCAAAUGUCUCAAUUUGAUGACUUUGUCUUGAUGUUUGCUCUGGAACUGCCCCUUUUAUAAUAUUGUCCAAGCUCAAAGACAGAAAUGACUUUAUACAUCUUUUCAUGUCUAGGUGCCGAUCCUCACAAAGAAAACUUUGAGCCCCUGUUCUUCAGAGAGGAUGACUGCUGUGUGGAUGAGGAAGAGGAGGAGCAGGACGAAGGCUACAUCCCAGGGACAACUCCUCUCAACAUGGCUGCCACUCCUGAGGUGGGUCCCGCGUGCACACACUUUGAUGUUUUUGUCAUUAAGCUCCAUGUUCUACUAUCUGACUAAUAUUGCUACAAUCCUUUCUCACACCUUUUAAUUUUUACUAUGAAAGUCAUUUUAUGACUGUACGAAACUACUGGUGUGAAUUCAAGAGUUGAAAGCAUUUUUGAGAAUUGACUUUUGAUCAACUGGAAUGUUCGCUAAAUAUUCUCCCUCUUCCUUGUACUUCUAGGUGUUGGAAAUUCUGAAUGGAAAAGAGUACAAGCCAGAGACCAACGCCUCAAUCUUCGUCCCCCCUCAAGGUUGGCUCAUGCACUUCAGUGUUAACGAACCCCUUCAUUGUAAUCUCUACAGCUUAAGCCAUAGGGUUCCCCUGCUGUCUCAUCUUGGUUCUUGUCCACUGUGGAGUACAAUGGUGUCAUAUUUCUGUAGGUGACAUGCAGAGCCUGGGCUCAGACACAAAGCGGGCACUAUGCCAGGCCCUGGAGUGCCCGGAGAGGGGCUGGGAGAGCCUGGCACACACGCUGGGGCUGGGCAUCCUCAACAGCGCCUUCAGACUCAGCCCCUCCCCUGCCAGCACACUGCUGGACAGCUACGAGGUACACGCACACACACACACACACACACACACACACACACACACACACACUAUCCCAACCUAAGGCAAAGACAUGAGGGGGAAAUAUAGGGCUCGUGAGUCACACAGACAUUGUAAGAUUGAAAUUUCACUUUCAUAGUCUCUCGUCUUUCUUGGUCAGAUUUCUCCCACCUUAAAUUAAAAUCAGAACAGAAAGUGAAUGAAUAUGUUCUCAUUGAAACUUGGGGACUUUUUUUCAACACUUCCAUUGAAUUUUGACUCAAUUGUUGAAUGAUGCUGUGCGUCAGGGCCCCCACUGACCCAGAGGACUGGGUGAUCUCGCUCUCCGAGGCUGACGUGAGUAAGGUCUUAAACACUCUUAUGACCGCGAGGCCGGACGGUAUUCCAGGACGCGUUCUCAGAGCAUGCGCAUAACAGCUGGCAGGCAUAUUCACGGUCAUUUUCAACCUCUCCUUGACCCAGCCUGUAAUCCCCACAAGUCUCAGGAAACCACCAUCAUUCCAGAACUCUAAAAGGCUACAUGCCACAAUGACUACCACCCAGUAGCACUCACAUCUGUAAUCAUGAAGUGCUUUGAAAGGCUGGUCAUGGCUCACAUCAACCCCAUCAUCCCAGACACCCUGGACCCACUCCAAUUUGCAUACCGCCCCAACUGAUCCAUAGACAACGCAAUCUCAAUUACACUCCACACUGCCCUCACCCACCUAAGUAAGAGGAAUACCUAUGUGGGAAUGCUUUUCAUACACUACAGUUCAGCAUUCAACACCAUAGUCCCCUCCAAGCUCAGAACCCUGGGACUGAGCACCUUCCUCUGCAACUGGAUUCUGGACUUCCUGACGGGUGGUGAGGGUAGGCAACAUCACCUCCACCACGCUGACCCUCAACACGGGGGGUGUGCUUAGUCCCCUCCUGUACUCCCUGUUCACCCACGACUCCAACUCCAUCAUCAAGUUUGCUGAUGACACGAUGGUGGUAGGUCUGAUCACCGGCGGCGAUGAGAUAGCCUACAGGGAGGAGGUCAGUGAUCUGUGGUGCCGGGACAACAACCUCUUCCUCAACGUCAGUAAGACCAAGGAGCUGAUCGUGGACUACAGGAAAUGGCGGGCGAGCAUGCCCCCAUCCACAUCGACGAGGCUGCAGUGGAGCGGGUCGAGAGCUUCAAGUUCCUCUGUGUCCAAAUCACUAAGGACUUAAAAUAGUCCACUCACACGCGCACAGUCAUGAAGAAGGCGCCUCUUCCCCCUCAGGAGGUUGAAAAGAUUUGGCAUGGGCCCUCAAAUCCUUGACUGGCUGCAUCACUGCUUGGUAUGGCAACUACACCGCCCUUAAUCGCGUGGCACUACAGAGGGUGGUGCUGACAGCCCAGUACAUCACUGGGGCCGAGCUCCCUGCCGUACAGGACCUCGAUAUCAGGCAGUGUGAAAGGAAGGCCCAGAAAAUCUUUAGAAUCCAGCCACCCAAGCCAUACUGUUCUCUCUGCUUCUGCACAGCAAGAGGUAACGGUGCAUCAAGUCUGACACCAACAGGCUCCUGAACAGCUUCUAUCCCCAAGCCAUAAGACUGCUAAAUAGCUAACAAAGUGGCAACAUGGACUAUCUGAGUUGACUCUUGUAUUUAAUUUACAUUUUUGCACUGUCUUUAUGCACACUCACAGGACUCUACACACUCAGGCACACUGACACUUCAACACACUCACUCACUCACUUAAUUUGCUCACACACACAACACGUACACACAUUUUUACUGACUCUACACACACUCGAAGUCAUCAUUUACGCUGCUGUUACUCUGUUUAUCAUAUAUCCUGAUGCCUAGUCACCUUACCCCUAUACAUAUCUAUCUAUAUAUAUGUAUUUUCUUGGUAUUGGAACUGACCCUGUAUAUACAGUGGGGGAAAAAAGUAUUUAGUCAGCCACCAAUUGUGCAAGUUCUCCCACUUAAAAAGAUGAGAGAGGCCUGUAAUUUUCAUCAUAGGUACACGUCAACUAUGACAGACAAAUUGAGGGAAAAAAAAUCCAGAAAAUCACAUUGUAGGAUUUUUAAUGAAUUUAUUUGCAAAUUAUGGUGGAAAAUAAGUAUUUGGUCACCUACAAACAAGCAAGAUUUCUGGCUCUCACAGACCUGUAACUUCUUCUUUAAGAGGCUCCUCUGUCCUCCACUCGCUACCUGUAUUAAUGGCACCUGUUUGAACUUGUUAUCAGUAUAAAAGACACCUGUCCACAAUCUCAAACAGUCACACUCCAAACUCCACUAUGGCCAAGACCAAAGAGCUGUCAAAGGACACCAGAAACACAAUUGUAUACCUGCACCAGGCUGGGAAGACUGAAUCUGCAAUAGGUAAGCAGCUUGGUUUGAAGAAAUCAACUGUGGGAGCAAUUAUUAGGAAAUGGAAGACAUACAAUGAAUGGGGCCAUGUAUCGUGAGAUUUUGAGUGAAAACCUCCUACCAUCAGCAAGGGCAUUGAAGAUGAAACGUGGCUGGGUCUUUCAGCAUGACAAUGAUCCCAAACACACCGCCCGGGCAACAAAGGAGUGGCUUCGUAAGAAGCAUUUCAAGGUCCUGGAGUGGCCUAGCCAGUCUCCAGAUCUCAACCCCAUAGAAAAUCGUUGGAGGGAGUUGAAAGUCUGUGUUGCCCAGCGACAGACCCAAAACAUCACUGCUCUAGAGGAGAUCUGCAUGAAGGAAUGGGCCAAAAUACCAGCAACAGUGUGUGAAAACCUUGUGAAGACUUACAGAAAACGUUUGACCUGUGUCAUUGCCAACAAAGGGUAUAUAACAAAGUAUUGAGAAACUUUUGUUAUUGACCAAAUACUUAUUUUCCACCAUAAUUUGCAAAUAAAUUCAUUAAAAAUCCCACUAUGUGAUUUUCUGGAUUUCUUUUCUCAUUUUGUCUGUCAUAGUUGACGUGUACCUAUGAUGAAAAUUACAGGCCUCUCUCAUCUUUUUAAGUGGGAGAACUUGCACAAUUGGUGGCUGACUAAAUACUUUUUUCCCCACUGUAGCUUACUUUACUUUCUCUUGGUCUUAUUUCUUAUCUAUUUCUCGUUUGUUCUACUUGAUUUUAUAGUACUACUGAUAUUGAUUACUGUAUUGUUGGGAUAAGCACUUGCAAGAAAGGCAUUUCACUGUACUUGUGCACGUGACAACUUGAUAAGUAACACUUCUAUGCCACCGUCUGUAGGUGUCUGGAGGAAUGGUCAAGGGCCUUUUGGAGGGACUCAGGACUGUGGGAAACUGUGCCGCUUUGACAGUACUGCAGGGGGCACUGUGUGAAACAGAACAGGCUCCCCAAAGCACCACAGAGCUCUUAGGUAAGCUCAAAAACAACUCAGCCAGUAUACCUUAUGUGAUUUCAAUAGAAUAAUCUGGGAUAAGAAGUCCCCUGCUCUUAACCCCUCCCCCUUUAUCUCUCGCUCUCUCUCUCUCUUUGUGUUGCAGGGUGUCUCUCAGAACGUGUGUGGGAUCUGAAGCUGGAAGGAUGGGAGGACAGUGGAGUUUGUGACAGUGGGGUGGAGCUCUCCACAGCGUGACAGACAGAUUGGUCCAUUACAUAUCCUGGCCCUGCCUAUGUCAGGAUUUCAUGAAGCUUCUGCCUCCUAUAAGCAGGCGACAGACAAUUUCUCUCUGAAAGGGACAAAUCCUACAAGCACACCUCCUCACACAUCAUGCUAAAUAUCCUCACUUUUCUAUUUGGCCCAGUAAUGUUUUGAAAGUGAUUUUUGUAUACGUGAAUAUAAUGUGCAGGUUAUGUUUGAAUAAUGUUUGCAUAAUAAUCUAUUUGAAUCUUGUUGUUUGUAUAAACAUCAUGAAUGGGUUUUAUUCAGGGGAAAAGGUGUUUCCAAGGUAACAGCAUGUAGUAUAAAUCCUUAAAAAUAAGGGCAAUCAAAUAAGGCAUUUCAAUAAUUUUUAAUUUAUGAAAAAUAAAUUGACCAAAAUAAUUAUUAGAUUCAAAAUGAUAUGAUCUGACAUUUUCUCCCCACACUACAGUUAAUUUAGUCAUAGUCAAACAUGCAGCCAAUUCUAAUAACACAUUUGUAGUAUGGCCCUCCGGACCUUGUCAAAGACCGUGUGGCCCCGGGGCAAAUUUAUUUCCAACACCCGAUUUUAUAGGGCAAGGACCCCAUACGGAAUGGAUUUUAACUGUAAGCCGCUUUGGAUAAAUUAUAUUAAAUUAAAAUGUCCCCCAUAUACAGCAGUAGUAUGCUGCCAAAAGGAUAGCUCAUUGUUAUGAAUCACCCACUCAUAAAAAGUGAUUACGUAGCUAUGUAAAUAUCACAUGGAUAUGCUAAACAUGGAUAGAUUGGUGACUGUACAAUGGUUUGUUUUGGAACCAAGCAACCACUAACACCCCCCUCCUGCAAUGUUUUUGUAUUGUGUACAUCAAAUUACAUUUACUAUGGAAGUGGUGCUACCAGUCAUUUUUAGGUAUGAUGGAUUAUUGCAAUAAUCAUGAAGCAUACUGUCUCCUCCACUAUGCACAUCUGUUAAGAGCACAAUCCUCAUCCUGGACUACAGUACAGAAACCACUUUUGGAUAGCCUUUAGUUCAUUCCUGUGUAGACAAGUGGGGCGGCAGGUAGCUUAGUG